UAACAAACCCCCUUCGCAGAUCUAAAACCAUCUCCGCGUCCCUCCGCGGUCCACCGACAUAAACGAAGACAACCUCCCCGUGUAAAUCCCAGCCGUCCAUUUCCCAAUCUAAACCCAUCAUCGCGAUCUUCGACAAACCCAAGAAAAGAACCCCGUCGCCCUCACUCCUCCUUCACUCAAAUUCCCAGAUCUGGGCCGAAAUGUUGGGCCGAUCGUCGAGCUUCCGGCCCGAAAACCUGGGCCAGGACGCCCUCCGCCUCAUCGGCAACCUCUGCUUCGCCGUCUUCGUCCUCCUCGUCCUCGUCUUCACCAUCAUCGCCGCCACCUACAAUUCCUCCGCUGCUGUCAUCGCCGCUGUUGCCGAGGAGUCGGAGCCUGAGGUUAACGAGUGUAACUAUGGUGUUGAUGAUCCGAUCGACUGCAAGCUGCCCGAGGUAUUUCAUCUUAUGAUGCGCCACGCCAUUGAUUUCUUCAAAGAUAUUCACUUUUAUAAGUUCGGAAAGCCCACCACUGGUGCUGAGGACGGUAAGACUUGUGAUAUGGCGUGGAGGUUUCGGCCGAAGGAUGCAAAGAGGGCGGGGUUUUAUAAGGAUUAUAGAAGGUUUGAGCUUUCGAGAUCCGCAAAUUGUACUUAUUCUGUUGUUAGUGUUGGUGAGUAUCAUUCUGGGGUUAAUGCGAAGAAGAAGAAGAAGAUAAAGGCUGGAACUUCUUAUGUUGGGGAUAAGGGGUUGGUUAAGGAAAAGGAGGAGAAAGUUGUUGUGCCGGAGAUCGGAGAGGCAGUGAAUGAUGCUUUGCCGGUGGUUGAAUCGGAGGCGAAAUUUCGAGCUGGAAAGUAUCUGAUUUAUAAUGGAGGAGGUGAUCGGUGCAAGAGUAUGAAUCAUUUUCUGUGGAGUUUCUUGUGUGCAUUGGGUGAAGCUCAGUAUUUGAACAGAACCCUCGUGAUGGAUCUCACAAUGUGCCUUUCUGGGAUGUAUACUAGCUCAAAACAGGAUGAAGAAGGGAAGGAUUUUAGGUUUUACUUUGAUUUUGAGCAUUUGAGGGACUCGGCUUCGGUUCUUGAUCAGAGGGAGUUCUGGACUGAUUGGGGGAAAUGGCAGAAGAAGGAUAAAUUGAGCAUGUAUCUCGUGGAGGAUUUUAGGGUUACUCCUAUGAAGAUGAAGUAUGUGGAGGAUACUUUGAUUAUGAGGAAAUUUGGGGAGGUUGAGCCAGAUAAUUACUGGUACCGGGUUUGCGAAGGAGAGACUGAGUCUGUGAUUCAACGGCCAUGGCAUUUGAUAUGGAAGUCGAGGAGGUUGAUGGAGAUAGUGUCUGCUAUUGCUUCAAAGAUGAAUUGGGAUUUUGAUUCGGUCCACAUUGUGAGAGGGGAGAAGGCAAAGAACACGGAGAUGUGGCCUAAUCUUGCUGCAGAUACUUCCCCCGAUGCAUUGCUUUCAUCGCUUAGGCAGAAGAUUGAUGAUGGGAGGAAUCUUUAUAUUGCAACCAAUGAACCUGAUACUUCGUUUUUCGAUCCUUUGAAGGAUAAGUACACUACGCAUUUCUUGGAUGAUUAUAAGGAGUUGUGGGAUGAGAACAGUGAGUGGUAUAAGGAGACCAUGGAGCUGAAUAAUAAGGUGCCUGUUGAGUUUGAUGGGUAUAUGAGGGUGGAGGUUGAUACUGAGGUGUUCUUGAGGGGAAAGAAGCAGAUCGAGACAUUCAAUGAUCUGACAAAUGAUUGCAAGGAUGGUAUCAAUACAUGUAGAACAGCUGCUUCCUGAUCUUGCUCUCGGAUUUGUGUGGUAAGCCUAUGAAGGGUUUCUACCAUUUUUGAUGCAUUGUAUGUCUGAUUAAUAUCUUGAACAUUUGUUGUUUUCUUGUUGUAGUAGGCUACAUUACAAGUAUUCAUUGCUAGUAAUAUGUUGGUUUGUAGUGCUAGUGUGCCUUUGAGUUUGGUAGAAAUGAUAGUUUCAUUUUCAUUUAUUGUACUGUUGCAAAUCAAUUUAUUGUUGUUAUCCUGUUUGACUC